CAUUUCAGAAGCUGGUGUCCACCCUGCUGCCCGUCUACGUGAAGGGGGCAAAGGAGGACCACGAGCGCGAAGUGGUCAUGGCCAUCCUGGAGGUCCUGGCCAAAGUGGUGAAGGAGUGCAAAGGGGAUGUCCUGCACGAGCCGGCCCAACUGACCAACCUCUGCAGGCUGGUGCGGGAGCUGCUGGAACAGAAAGUAACCUGUCAGGACGACGAGGACGAUGAAGAUGAUGAUGAUGACGAACAGGCAGAAUACGACUGCAUGCUGAUUGAGUACGCCGGGGAAUUGAUCCCAGUCCUCGCUGAAGUGACCGGGGGGGACGUCUUUGCCCCCUACUUCGCCGGCCUCUUGCCGCUACUCCUGAGCAAGAUG